AUGAACAAAUGCUGCACUGCUUGCGCAGAAGCCAAGCUUCGCUGCGAAGUGCCAAGCAACGGCCAGCCUUGUACAAGAUGCGUCCACAAAGGACAAAUAUGCACUCGGGCUGAACGGAAAAAACGCCCCAAAAGAGCCAGAUCCACCACUCACACCGUGUCUUCGACGGCAAACGAGAAGCCAGAAGCGCCCAUCCAGCAUUUAUACCCUAUCGAGCUAUCACUCAUGGAUAUUUUUCCGAAUGACGAACUCGACUUUUUGACGCAGUUAGCCGACAUUGAAAGUUCGGUCGAUGUGACAUCCUGGAUGUGGAGACCAGAAGAUAUUCCCUCAGUCUCUGAUGAAAGUACCACAACAACGGCGACAUAUUCACCCAUCUCAUCGUAUACCGCUCCCGAUUACCUGUAUCCUGACACUUUCCGGCUACCGAGCGAAUACGUACUCAAACUGGAAAACGCUAACUCGAUUCCUUUGGACCGACUGGAAAAGUACUCACGACUAUUUUUCACUCACUUCCAAGCUCUAUUGCCUAUAAUACAUGUUCCUACAUUCUCUCUCACGUCAGCUCCAGCAGUACUUGUCCGAGCCAUAUGUUUGAUCGGAGCUAGGCUCGACGCUAGUUCUCUAUCGUUUCCCGAUGCCGCGGCAUUCUACGGAUCUCUCCCAUCACUGUUCGCAAAAGGUUUUCUUCGUUCAGAUAGAGCGGUGCCGAGUUUUGAAGAAACUCAAGCACUUGUACUGUUCCAAUUCGCCAGUAUGGCAAACGGGGGAAGUGCCGAAAGAGCCGCGGCGCGAAUCUUACAUCCACUUCUUAUUGCAGCAGUCCGACAGGCGGGGCUGAUGAAAGUCCACGGGGAGUGUACUAAAGCAGCACGGAGCGCAACUUCAUGGCAAGCCUGGAUCCAGAAGGAGUCCCAAAAGCGUGUUCUUUGGGGUGUUUACGCGGUAGAUUGUUAUCAGUCCAUCCUUUGUGGAAGUCGACCGCUUCUCUCGCCAACUGAGACACGAGCUUCCUUUCCUUGCGAUGACUUGAGCUGGAAUGCUUAUUCUGCUUCUUCUUGGGCUGCGUUACCUGCGCAGGACCCGUCUAGCUGUUUUCUGAGUUCGAUCAAGAGUCUGUUGCUUGGGGAUCCUCCGUCUUUGGCAAACAUGACAAGCUUCGGUAUGAAUUUACUCAUUCUAGCUGUCCAUACAUUGCUUCUUGAAGCUCAGACUUCGAUCCUUCCUGUGGAUCUUUCGGCUCUCGAUCGAGCGCUUCGGGCGUGGCACGCUUUGUGGGAGGAGUCGAGGGGGCAGUUUCUCUGGAGUUCUGAUGUUGGCCCGGAAUUCUUUUUGAUCACUAAUAGUCUCUCGCUGUAUCAUCUUGCGACUCACUUUUUGCAAAGUGGACGCCCGAUACUGAGCGAGAAGGCUUUUCUGGAAGAGUCCACGAAUACGGGGAAUCCAUUGAUUAUCAAAGAGCAGAUCUAUCAAGAUGAGAUGAUGAGAUGUGUUCGAGGAAUGCUUGAGAAACUUCAGUAG